UUCUUCUCGUUGUCUCUGCUGCUCCUACGAACGGUAAGAGGCAGUUAUACUGUGCCUGGUCUCGGAGCUCGUAAGCAACAGGUUCUCAAAAAUGGUGGUGGCAUCUAUGAUCUCGCUAUUGCCAUGUUAGAAAGUGACCAUAUGAAGGCUGAUUAUGCCUAUGGUGAUAACAAAUCUUUUGAUUCUGCUAAUUUUGGUAUCUUUAAACAAAACUGGUUUAUGCUUCGCACCUCUACCUCUCAAUUCAAGAAAUAUCAGACCAAGGACUAUAACAAGGGAGCUGUCUUGAACAAGAAGCUUGCUCAAGACAUUAAAGCCAGACAAGAAUCUCAGGCAUUCUAUGGUGCUGACAAAUGGUUUGGUGGACACAGAAAUGGUGAAUCUGGUCUCAACAACCCUUAUACUCAAGACAUUCAAAACUAUAAGGAUGCUAUCCAAUGGAUCCAUGAUCAAUUAGCAAGUGAUCCUAAAUACCUGAAAGACGAUACCAGAUUUUAUGUUGAAGUAGUUGCUAUCUAA